CAGUCCCAUUUACUGAUAUACAGCAUGUCCAGUGGGAGCAGAGUUCUGCACGUCUAUUUGUGGUUUGUGGAGAAUUAAAACAAAAUUAAAGUUUUCGAGGAAGUAACUUGAGUUACAAACCACUCUGGGCAUUACAGCGUUUGUGAGUAGCAUUGAAAAUUCAGUUAAUCAUUUACAGAAGUGAUAGUCGGGGAGUUUUUGCAGAUGAUGGAAACUAUUGAUGGGGACGGUAAUGAAGAUGAGAUUUAAAAGCUGUCUUUUCUUCCUAGUUAUGAUGAAUUCAGGCAAACUCUUUGCAGAAGAUAAACUCUGUGAUUUGCCACAUGUAGAAAAUGGAAGGAUUGCCCCAUAUUAUUACAGCUUCAAAGAUUACUAUUUCCCUACGCGUAAAGGAAAAAGCCUUUCCUAUUCUUGUGUGGCUGGUUAUACAACUGAAACCGGGACUCAAGACGGAAGAAUAAUUUGUACAGCAAAAGGAUGGUCUCCAGUGCCACAAUGCUACAAAAAAUGUAAUAAACCUCUUCUGGAACAUGGCAUUUUUUACGGUACAGAAACGUACUUCAAAAUACAUGAGAAAUUACAAUACAAAUGUAAUCAAGGUUACCACACUCCCAGUGGUGGCACUGAAGAUACAGUACAAUGUCAAUCAGAUGGAUGGUCUUCCCAGGCAAGCUGUACUAAGAAAGUUGAGUCAUGCCAAGUACCCGAGUUACAUCAUGGCAACUACCUAACGACCCAGCGAGAGCUCCGAGUGAAUCAAGCGCUGCUAUAUACAUGCGAUGAGGGAUACCACACUGCAGGAGGAAACACUACCGAAGAAGCAGUUUGUCUUGCUCAUGGAUGGUCCCUUACUCCAAACUGCUCGAAAAAAACCUGCCCCUCCUUGGGUGUAAUAGAACAUGGAGGUUUCUAUCCUGCGAAGAAGAUCUAUGAAGAAGGAGAUGUUGUUCAUUUUUUCUGUGAGGAAAAUUAUUCUUUUCGUGAAUUUGACCUGAUUCAAUGUUAUUACUUUGGUUGGUAUCCAGAUCCUCCAGUGUGUGAAGAUGUAAGAAAUAAAUGUCCUCCACCACCACUGCCUCCUCACGCCCAUACCGUCGCAGUUAGGAGAACGUAUCGCAAUGGCGACAGAGUUCGUAUACAGUGUCAGAGUGAAUAUGAAAUAAGAGGAUCUGGGGAAAUCCAGUGUGAAAAAGGAAAAUGGACGUCACCUCCUAUCUGUAUGGGAUCUAUGGAUAAAAGGGAAUCUGAGACACCAGCAUUCGAGGCAGAUGCAUCGAUAAGGGCAAGCAAAACAUAUCACAGUGAAGAAAUGAAAAUACAGCAAAACUGUACCUCUCCACCUGUGAUUAAAAAUGGUGUUCUCCUUGGCCCUUUAUUACCAAGUUACAAAAAUGGCAGCUCAGUAGAAUACAGUUGCCAGCGUUACCAUUUUUUGGAUGGACCCAGUACUGUUUACUGCGAACAAGGAAACUGGACAGAACAGCCUACUUGCUUGGAUCCAUGCAUUCUUAAUGUAACUGAUAUGAAUAGUAACAAUAUAGAGUUGAAAUGGAGACAGGAAGAAUUCGUCUUCCUACACGGUGAUCUCAUUGAGUUUGAAUGUAAGCGAGGAUACAGAUUUCCCCAUGCUACCAUGCCAUCCCCUGGGAGAACUUGGUGUGACCGUGGAAGGCUGAAAUACCCCAAAUGUGUUUUGCAAGUUCCCACGGAAAAAUGUGACUCUCCACCGUCUAUUGCAAAUGGAGCUCUUACUCUCCCGCCUCUGACCCAGUAUGACAAUGGCUCUUCAGUUCAGUAUAGUUGCUCUGAUUAUUACUUCUUGCAAGGAUCUGAAAGAAUUUAUUGUUCCGAAGGCCAGUGGACUUCACCACCACUUUGUAUAGAGCCAUGCACUUUGUCAAAGAAUGAGAUGGAAAAAAAUAACGUGCUGCUGGAAAGUUUUUAUGAGAGCCAAGUUUACUUUUACCAUGGAGAUUAUGUCGGAUUUUACUGCAGACAGAACCAUGUUGGAGCAGAAUCUGGUGCGACUUUAUUUCAAGUGCAGUGCAAGAGAGGACAGCUAGCGUAUCCAAGAUGUGUUGAAAGGAGAGAAUAGUCUAAACAGAAGCUUUAAUAGCUUCUUGCUACUCUCAAUGGAUUUAUCUUGUGCAGGGGUACUUGCACCCUACCCUGGAGCCCUACUGUUCUAUUGGACCUUCAGCAUUGAUUCAUCCCAGUCUUCAGCUGAAAGAUUCCCUCUUCUCCAAGUUCCUGCAACAAAAGACCUGUCUGUGCAAGGGGAGUCAGCAGGCCUUUGUUCCCUUGAGAUCUUAUCCCAAGAAAUCAUGUCCAAUUAUUUGGUGACCAAAGCAAGGUUUUAGCUGUCCUGCAAUUUCCCUCAUCAGUAAAAGCAACAUCAGGAAAAUCAGGUACUACUUACUUGCUCUAUUUUCUUAGAACUCAACUCAUGUUUAUACCCCUCUUGAAUACCGAGACUGUGAGACUCCAUUAACAGUACACAAAUGCAGCAUAUUGCGUUGGUUAAUUUUCAUGAGCUUGGCUGAAUGAAUUCGGUGAAGUUAAAUAAAAAUCUCUCUGUACUGAAGGCA